AUGCCGCGGAAACUGCGACGGCUACCGUACUUUCGUUUUGGCCACCGAGACAGCAGAGGCUGCAAGGAAGCCAGCCCAGAGCAUGCAGAGAAGCAGAAACAGGUGCUUCGUUGCUCAAAACAGGCUUCGCGACUUGCGGGAAGACAAGAGGACGGAGGACGGGGCCAGUUGGAGAAUGCAGAGACCCCGAGAACUGCGAGAGGAAGCGAGGACUUUAAGGCAGACACCUGUUUUGAACGUCAGGCUUUUUGUCUGCAUCUGCUCCCCAGCAGCGCCCUGUCUCUGCUUCUUCGAUUUCUCCAUCUGGACGACGUCUGCCGCCUCGCCCUGAGCUCGAAGCAGCUGUACUUACACCCGGACCUCAACACGCCUUUCGCAGUGGCGCACCUGGAGUUGAUUCUUCACGGCCGAAACUUUGACCGUUGCUUCGCUCGAGGCUGCAGCUGUCUGGCAACAAACAGGUUCGUGGAGAGUCGCUUCUCUCCCGGCGGCGCCUCGCUUCUCCAUCAGUCCACGACUUCGCUUCCGGCACGCCAACCGUUUUCCACCUUGCCGCUUCGACCUUGUCAACUUCGCCGCCUUUCUCCUCUGCCUCUCAGCGACAGGUUUCUGGCUGCUUCACCUCUGCAGAAUUCCUCUGCGUUCCCCCCGUCGCUCACCCCAACAACGCCGACUGCACUGUGCAGCCAGUUGCGCGUGACGGGCGCGCCGUUAGCUGCUGCGCGCCGGAAGCAAGAAAGCCGACUCGCUGAGCAGACUGCCAACGGCAUGCUGAGCACGACGGAAAACCGUGAACACGAGAAGAGAGAAGGAAACUAUCGAACGGAGAGGAGGAACUGGCGCAGAGGCGUUCCCUACUGGGAGGUGGUCCCUCGCGCGGGGGGCUCGGGACUGGACUCCCCGGCAUGUCUGCUCAGAGAACGGCAAGUUUCCGGUGCUUGCGACGGUGGCUUUCACACUCGCUCUUUCGAUUCGUCUCAUCCGGUCCUUCGUCUGAAAAAAGACGCGCCGUGUUCGUCAAAAGACCCUGCGCCCGAACACGCUUGCCUGCAUGCAGGGGGCAGACUCCCCUCGGAGGUCCCCUCGGAAGAAAGGCUCCCGCCGCCGCGUUGUCCCCCGGGUGUAUGUACAGCUGAGCCGCGCGGCCAGAGACCGAUGGCCGCGCCGGCAGGCAGGGAGAACAGAUGGGAUGUUCGUGUGAAGCAGAGUCUGGCGAGAGGGGAGGAACGAGCAGAAACGGUGUGGCGACAAACAUUGGGAUUUCUCGGAAUCCGGCAAGAGCGGAGAACUCGAGGCUGCUCUCUCCAGGGAAGACGAUCUCUCGGCAAUGCACGUCUCACUCUCGUUCAAGAGGCGUUGGCUGCGGCGGCCGGGCGCUUAGGCUCAGAGCGCAGCGAGAAGGAGAAGCCGAAAGGAUGUCCAGAAGCCUCUCACAGUUCCUCUUCUGCCUCCGAUCGGCCGUCGCCUCGGGCAUCUUCUUCUCCUUCCGCUCGUCUUCCGUUGAGUUCGGCUCUCUGCACCUUUUCCGGCUCGCAGGAUUCUCUUGGAAGGUCUUCGUGUUCGCCGUCUGCGUCUCCGAUCCCCGCUCCAACUCGAGAAAUAGGAGCUGAAGCACAGACCCCCGGGGGUGAGGGCGGCGAGCAGCAAGCCAAUUUGCCAUGCGGUGAGCAACGGCAGCCCACUCUUGAAUGCGACAAAGAGAAACAUCGCGAUUUUCCUCGAGAAACGGUUGUCUGCGCGUCCGGCGACGACCUGCGCGACCACAGUGCGGCAGAUGUACAUACAUUGCAGACGGGAGGGGAGACGAAGGAAGUGCGAGGGCGACGCAAGAUGUUUGAAGAAGAAGUGAAUCACCAAGAUAGAAUAGGCUGGACGGCCGGCACAGGAAACGAAUAUUUUGGCAAGGCUUCUCAACAGAGAGCGCGAAGAACGGAGGAGAAGCAGGCUGCAGCAGCGACAGUCUCCGGACUGAAAGAGAAAGCAGGGAUAGAGGAAAAGAGUCGACACAGACCAGCAGACUGCGACGAAACAGGAAGAUGCACGCGUCAUUCUGAGAGGCGAAACCACGGCGUCGCUCGCCCUCGCCUUCCGUCGUCCUAUCCUCUCUCGUCUUCUCUCUUAUCUCCACUCUCUCUUGAUGCUUCUUUGUUUCGGUGGUCCUCUGCUUCAAGGUGUUUCUCCCCAGGACGCCGUCAGGCGCCAGACGGUCGCACCGCCGAAUCGUCUUUUUCUGAACGUUCUCAGCAUCUGUUUCCUCUCCCGCCAGCGCUCCGAGAAUCUGGAAGUUCUUCCGGAAGCUCCUCGUUUCCCUCUUCUUCUCCACGCGUCACGUCGGCUGGCUCUGCGGCUAUCUCGAGAGAAACUUCUCACUCGUUUCAUCGAGUCCUCUCAAAACUCUGUCAUUUGGAAGCUCUCAUUAUCGAGUCCGCCACUCCGGUUACGCCUCUCCCACCGCUUCCUUAUUCGCUCCUUCCGGUUUCCUCUGCUCCUCUUCCUUUUUUAUCUCCUUCUUCAUCACUCUCUUCUUGUCCUUCUUUUGUUUCUUCGUCUGCUUCUUGUUCAUCGUCCUCUCCUUCCUCGCCGUCUUCUUCCGCUUCUUCUUUUUCUUCUUCCUCUCCUCUCUCAUCGUUAUCAGUGGAGGCGACGCGUGGAGACGCGGGAGAAGCUGCGCGUGAGGAAGCGUGGGGAGGAGAGAGAAGCAAUACGGCAGAGGGGAGAGCCCAGGAGCAAAGCGCAGAGACACCACAGCUGCCAAGAAGGAGGGCAGAACGCUUCAUCCUGUCGUGGAGGCAGCUGAACAGCCUACUGCGGAGAAACGCGUCCUCUCUGCAGACGCUGUACCUGGCUGUCGACGGCCUGGACGUGGAUUUGAGGACGGAGAAAAGACCGCACAGAGGCUGCUUCGAAGGAGGGCGAAGAAGCCGCAACGAGGGGGGAGAAAAACGAAGUGGCGACAGCAUCGGCAAACACAACAUCGAGACAGCGAAAGAACGGCGACCCGGGGAAGGCGAUCUGUCUUUGUUCAGGCUCGAGGCGAAACAGAAACGAACUUCCUAUCUCUCGAGAGUGGACGAAUGCACAUCUGAUUCUCCCUCAGAUUCGCGUGUGUCUCCCGCCUCUUCGGCGCCCCCUCGUCUCGUCUUUCCGCGCCUCCGCCACUUGACUCUGGGCCGGAAACCUGAGGUGUACAGGCACCUCGUGGAACGCUGCAGAUUCCCCUCGGCGCGCAGCUGCUGUUUCCUUCUGGAAAUUGACGACCAGGCUGAAGGCGUCGCCUCUGCGCUCGCUGCAGCUGCGGCCUUCUCGUUCGAGUCCAGUCGCGACGACAGCCAAAGAGCCUCUGUUCCUCCCUGCAGGAUUCGCAUGUGGACGGGUGUUUCAUCGCAAAACAGAGACGAAGAAGACGAAGGAGAGGACAUGGACGAGGCGGAGAAGGAGCAGGAACGUGGUGCGAAGGGGGAGGUCGACGAGAAUGCGGGAGAGGAAGAGCGAGACGAAGAGGAGGAAGACGGAGACGCGAGAAGGGAGGAAGUUGCAUCGCUGAGGAGAGAAGCAGGAAUGGCUGAGAGGGGCGAGGACGGAGGCAGGGACAGAGUGAGGAGCGACGUUGCAGAAGAAAAGGAAAGCGGAACCGCCGAAGAAGAGAGAAGAGAGAAGAGCGGACAGUGUGGCGUUCGAGGAGAAGGAAGGCAAGUGCUCGAAAGCAGAGACGAAGCGAGAGCGUGGAGGACAGGCCAGGCAAGGUGCGGGGGAAGUUCCUGUUUUCGUCUCCUGAGAGGACAGGAGAGACCACAGGCCAGCACACACAGAGGCGCCCGUGAGACCGGCCGCAUGUCCUCGAGAGAAGACCCAGAAGCGGCACCGAGGAGAAGAGGAGGCGAAGCAGGAUUCGGAGAAGAACGAGCAGAAGACGAAGCAGACGCACAGGGAGAAGAAGGAAACGACGACGAAGGAUUUGCAGACAGAAGACGAGAAGCUGGAGACGAAGGUGAAGAGGGAGAACGAGCAGCAGAAGGAGAAAGAGAAGGAGAACAGAGAGGAGAAGAGGGAGAAGGAGCAGAAAGAGAAAGAGAAGGAGAACAGAGAGGAGAAGAGGGAGAAGGAGCAGGAGAAAGAGAAGAAACAGAAGAGGAGGGAAGAGGGUCGACAAGGGAGGGAGCGACGGCUCGAGCAGCUGCAGACUGGCUGCCGCUGCUUCAGUUGGCGCGAGAGCUUUGCGAUGUCCAGGAACUCGAACUCGUCUUCGUCGAUCGUCUUUGGUGUGCAGCGGAUGGGCACAGACGCGCCGAAACUCUGUUUCUUCAGCAACUGUCGCCUCGAGUGUGGAGAAGAAUCGAGAAGCUCCAGUUAAUCAAAUUGACGCCUCAGCUCUUGGAGCUUCUGGACGCCAGGGCUGAGGCUGCUCUCACCUCGGUCAAGUUUGAAAUUGCACACCUGGAUGUGAGCGACCGUGGAAGCAGCCGCAGCACGGCAGCGUCGUCGUCAGCGCUGCUCUCUUCGUUUUCUUGCCUUUCACUGCAAGCGUUUGCCGCCUUUCUCGCGCGCCGCCCUCGGGUGUACGUACACUUCAGUCGCUUCACGGUCUUCGUGCGCACCAGACAGGCAGCCCAGCUGCAGCUGCUCGCGAGAGUUCUCAGCCGCAUCGAGGUGUCUCAGAAUCUGAGAUUCACUUUCCAACUGCCGGCCCUCACUCGUCGCCUUCCCUCUGCUUUUCCAUCAUCUCAUCGAUCUCACACAGAGUGGCUCGCUUCUUCCACUGCUUCUCCUUCUUUCUCUUCUUCUUUCGCUUCUUUUUCAUCUCUUGUCUCUGUUGCUCGGCGCGAGGGAGAAGGAGAGACAUCCUCGCCGCGUUUCUCUGGGUGUGCAUGCAUGGGUCCCGUGACGAUGAGGAAAGUGAAGCGUCUUUCUCUCAUGGGCUUCCACCCUGCUGAACACCGCCUCCUCGACCAGCUGUUCUUGCCAGAUGCCACUGAUGUAGAGAUCUACGGGCUGCAUCUUGACGAUCCAGAAGCAGCGCCUGCAUGCGUAGCGAUUAUGCAUCACGCGUCCUCGAUCUCUUCUUCUCCUUCUCCUCCUUCUCCUUCUCUCUCUCUUCCUCCCCCGUCUCCUUCUUCCCUUCCUUCUUCUCCUUCUCCGUCUCUUCCUCCCCCGUCUCCUUCUCUUCCUUCUUCUCCUUCUCCGUCUCUUCCUCCCCCGUCUCCUUCUUCUCUUCCUUCUCCUUCUUCUGUUCCUUCUCCUUCUCUUCCUUCUCGUUCUCCUUUUUUGAACGAUCCACUGGAGAGCGCUGCUUCCCCGUUGCUUGCGUUGUCUCGGGCACUGCCUGCGUUAAAGACGCUCUGCGUAAAGAACCACGACUUGGAUGCGCUAGCAGUCUUCCUCGCAAGUCCCCGGUUCUCGCAGCUGUCUGCGCUCCAGCUGCAGGGCCAUAUUCUGAAGUUCACAACGCAGGCGGAGCGCGUCGCCGCGCUGUUGCAGAGACACCCAAAAGCGGCUGUCCGAAUUUCUUCGCUGCUGCUCUCGCUUCGAAUCGACUCUCCCUUCCUCGUGCAGAGCAGCCAGAAUCUGCUGCUGCUCCUCGGCUUGCUUCCUGGACUGACGGAGGUCCGUGUGCAGCUGAACAGACACACUCCGAGGGUCCUCGUAUGGCGCAGCAGAGAAACUGGAACUUCGGAACGCGAGCUUCACUGGGAUUCACACCCUGUUGCGGGAUCGAGGAGGCAGAAGGAGAUCUGUGGGAGAAAAACGCUUCCACGCUCGCCGUCCUCGUCUGCGGCGUCGACCUUCUGUUCUUGCUCCCAUUCGAUCUCUGCCGCCUCGUCGUCCUCUCCUCCUCUCUGUCGCGUCUCUUCUUCUCCUAGUGCCUUGCCUUCUCCGUCUGCCUUCUCCUCUGCUUCGGUCUCGUAUCACCCUGCUUUUUCUUCCCCGUCACCUUCCGCUUUCUGUCGCCGCCGGCCGUCUUGUGCAUCGCCGGCGACUUCAUCGCGCUGUCCGCCCUGUGGGUCACUCCUGGCGAGUCCUCCGCUGAAGAAGCGAGUAGACGAACAACAGAGAGAAGAGAUAAGAGAAGAAGAGAGGCCAAGGUGGAGCGACGGAGAGGGAGAAGCAGGUGAAAAGAGAGGCGAGAGCGGAGAACAGAGAAAAGAAGGGACGCGCGCAGGACCUUGCUGCUGUGCAGGCGCACGGGGCGGCCCAGAGCGACGCGGAGAGCGUUGCGCGUCGAGGAGGGAGAAGUGGAGUGAAUCUCAAGAAGCGGGAACAGACACAAGGCAGAACCGCAGAAAGGAGACAGAGAGAAGCGGCGCACUGGAAAAUGAGACACUCGCAGCUGCGUCGGUGUCUUCUUUUCGGUUUCCUUCCUGGGCUCCUUCGUCUGCGUGUGCGACUCCAGGGAAUGCAUGCAAGUUGCGGAAAAGCUGGCUGGAGGAAUUUGCGCUCCUUCACGUUCCGCUCGAAAGCAGAGGCUUUUCUUUCGUCUGCAUGCGAGAAGACAGUCCAGCCUCUCGGGUGUCUGCUCUCCAGUCCACCACUAUCGUGUACAGAAAGCAUAGCGGGUCCGAUUGA